GGGUAGGUCGGGAGCGGGUAACGUGACAUCGAGGCUCGCUGCUUAUAAACCUUUCCCCAGACCACUACAGCGGCCGGACGGGACAGGACCGGGAGGAAGCCCGAGCAGCGCCCCUGCAGGACCCAGAUGGUGAAGCCAAUGCCCAGAUUGGAGAACUGCAGCUGGAGCUGUUCCUGCACUGCUAGAGGAAGGCAUAAAAACCAACUGGGGAAAACUGCUGUGGGACUAGCUGCCAGGGUGGGUGAGAUGCUGAGCUCUUCUGUCUCAAGCUCCCCACGGACUCUGGUGGGUCAUGGAACACGGACCCCUAGCACUUCCAUUCUCAGAAGCAAUACUAGUAGCAGCAACAGCAGCCUGAACUUGAACCAACAUCUGGUGCAACGGAGCCUGGUGCUCUUUGCUGUGGGUGCUUUCAUGGCACUGGUGUUGAACUUACUGCAGAUACAGAGGAACGUGACCCUGUUCCCCGAGGAAGUUAUUGCCACUAUCUUCUCCUCUGCCUGGUGGGUGCCCCCUUGCUGUGGGACAGCAGCAGCUGUUGUUGGCCUGCUGUACCCCUGUAUUGACAGCCAUCUUGGAGAACCACACAAAUUCAAGAGAGAAUGGGCCAGUGUAAUGCGAUGCAUAGCAGUUUUUGUUGGUAUUAACCAUGCAAGUGCUAAACUGGAUUUUGCAAAUAACAUUCAACUCUCCUUGACUCUAGCAGCAUUGUCACUGGGCCUUUGGUGGACAUUUGAUCGUUCAAGAAGUGGUCUUGGUCUUGGAAUUACAAUAGCCUUUCUAGCUACUCUGAUCACCCAGUUUCUCGUAUAUAAUGGUGUUUAUCAGUAUACAUCACCUGAUUUUCUUUACAUCCGUUCUUGGCUACCAUGUAUAUUUUUCUCAGGAGGCGUGACUGUAGGAAACAUAGGAAGACAACUGGCUAUGGGUAUCCCUGAGAAACCACACACUGAUUAGAUCCUUGGAGCAAAAGACAUGGUGCCAGUAUGAAAACAAAAUUAAGAAGAUGUGUUCUUAUUUUUGACUGAGGAUUAUUUUUUCUAAAUCUCUAUGGGCGCACUGCACAAGUGACUUGUGAAAAAUAUUAAUCCAUUUUAGAAUAGCCAUGUGAAAUGAAAUGCUUAUCUUGAAAUCUUACCUUGAUUUACUGCAUAAGUAUUUGUGCUGGCUGUUCCCUGGAAGAAUUUCAUGUCAAGUUAUAUACAGCAGUUCUGGCUAGGUGGCAAUUUUCCAAUUACCAGAUUCCAAUUUAAGUUAUUGAAGCAGCUGCCAUAUUUCAAAGCCUUGAAACUAAAAUUUAAUUACAAGCUCUUGUAUCAGUGCCCAAAGGAAGUAGAUUGAUGGUGCUUUAAAAAAGAUGAAGUGAGGUUUAAUAGGAAUAGUAUUUAUCUAAAUCUUUUUUUAAAGGGGUUGUUUAAAAAUAAGCGAUCUAAAUUAAAUCAAAAGCAUUAAUGCAAUGCUUUGAGUUAUAUGAAGGAAUCAUGCCCAUAUUUGUAAUGCUGCACUGCAUAUUUGAAGUAACUUAGUAUAGAAUCUAUAACUCACUUCAUAACACUAGGUGAAUACUAUAGACAAUCUUGUUUCAUGUAGUUUGCUUUAAACAGCUAAAAUUUGUAAAUGAAAUUUUUACAGUUUCAUUCCAGCUCAUCUGUCUAUCUAAUAACCUUAUGUGUAUGCUUGCCAAAAUAGGGCCAAAAUCUGGCCCCAAUUCCAUAAGGUACUUUAAGCAUGCUUGCUUGAAGUUUGGUAUAUACCUCAGUAUUUUACUGGAUCUGGGCCUCAGGUUUGCUGAGUGCCUGCAGUCCCUCUAUUACUAGUGAGAAUUGCAAGUGCUCAGAAUUUGGCCUCCGUCUUCCAUUAAAAUUAAUAAGAAAUACUUGCAUUUAUUUCCUUGGAAAUUGAAUCAGGCCCUAAUAAGCAGAUGAUGAGCCUCAUCUUGCUUCCACUCAGAGUUUUGACUGAACUCAAUGGAAGCAGAAGCAAUCUAGAAUUGUCCGUACUGUUUAAUAAAUGAAACAUCGUUACUAGGUUCUUUCUCAGUUCAAUUUUAGGAGAGAUCGUUACUUUAUUUUUUCACAAUCCUAUAAAACUUGCAAUCUGUGAUUGCCUUGUAAAAAAUAGUGCUUAUGUCACUACAUUAAACAUUUGGUGUUUCUAAAUAUUUAGUUCUAGGGAGCACAAUGUAUACAUUUAAUAGCUUAGACCACAGUAGACUUUAAAUAGCAAGUAUUAGGUCUUGAAAUUAAAGUGCAAUGUACAGUAAAAUCUGAGCCUCAUAUUCUCUUCAAUAUUCAUUAUUUCUUAUGAGAUAUUAUAGAGAAUGGUUCUUGAAUUCAUUUCAAUGCUGCAUGGAGGAACAAUUCAGCAAUAAUUUAGCUAGCAGAGUUAGCUUAUUGUUGUCCCCCCCUCCCCCAUCUUUGAAUCCAAACUUUUAGAAAUACUCCAGUUUUGUGGUUAUGAUGUGUGUGUACAUUUAUCAAUUUGCCUUUUGUAUUAUGCAUUUUUGUUCAUUUCCAGUCUUAUGUAGCCUUAGAUCUAGCCUAUGACAUCUGUUUAGAGGCUGAGCAAUCAGCAAAAGAGACAUUGAGACUAAAUAUCAGUGUUUGUAAUUUUUUGAGGGAAAUAGUAAUACUUUGAUGCAGAAUUCAAAAUCCUGAAUUUGAGAGGUAGGGAGUAAACAAAAGUAAAAGACUAGCACACAGGCUGUCUGAAACUGAGCCCAGUUCUGAUCUUGCUUUAGUCAGUGUAAAUCAGUAACUACGGUUGCUUCAAUGGAGUAUCAGUGGUAUAAGGCCUCCUACUGCAAACCUUUAUAAUGGAAAUAGCUGUUGAUAAGGAUAAUCAUUUUAGGUGCAAUAGGACACUGAGAAAUGUAUGUGCAUAUGUGCUUUCAAGAUCAAGGCCUAAGAUCAGGAUAAAAUGGCUGUGUGCACUAUUUGGAAAAAUCUGUUAAGUUGAAAUAAAUGUUACCAGUGUACAUGCCUAAAUAACCAGAUGUGGUUAAAGGGAACAAUGAGUUGUAAAUAUUUGAUCAAGACAGCAGUAAGUAUUUAAGAUGUAUUUCUAAAAGACAAACUAAAUCUGUAUGUGUUAGAAAUAAUGCAGCCAAAAAUGUAAGUAAAAAGUUCAGUUUUGCCAAUACUUCUAAGUAUAUUAACCAAAGUGACCAGUUGUGGGAGAGUGAAUGAAAUUUGCACUAUUCAGGAUUUGAACACUUAAAUUCUCUUUCUUACUGAUAAGUUUUCAGCAGCGUGUUUGGUUUUACCUUUUUACUAUUAAAGGUUUAAGACCAAGUAACUUAUUUUUGUGGAUUUUCUUUAAGAAAAGCGUAUUAAAUGUGAACAACCUGGCUAGUCAUUCAGUCAUGAAUUGUGAUGGGCAGCAAGUACUACAUCUAACACACAGUUUUUAAAAUUUAAAUGAAAUAUUGAGGCAGUUGGCUUUUAAAAAUAAAAUGAACUGUAGUUGAGUGCUCAACUACUCACUUUCCCACUGUCUCUGUAUGAGAGGCAGCAGAGGGGGAAUAGGAGCCAGUGCUGGGUGGCCU